AUGGCUUACUACAGUAUUGCUGAAUGUGCUGUGGUGACAGCAGUGCGGGAUGGGAUGAAUCUGACUCCUUAUGAAUACAUAGUCUGCAGAGAAGGAGUAUCAGGUGCAAAACCAGGUUCAGACUUGAGUGGACCUAAGAAGAGCAUGUUGGUGGUCUCUGAAUUCAUCGGCUGUUCCCCUUCCCUAAGUGGUGCUAUUCGUGUAAAUCCUUGGAGUGUUGAAUCAACAGCAGAGGCAAUGUACGAGGCUAUAUCAUUGGCCGAGAGAGAGAAGGAGUUACAACAUGAGAAGCAUUACCGAUAUGUGAGCUCUCAUGAUGUAGCAUUUUGGGCUAGAAGCUUCUUACAGGAUAUGGAGAGAACUUGUGUUGACCAUUUCAGAAAAAGAUGCUGGGGUAUUGGUCUUGGCUUCGGGUUCAGAGUGGUGGCACUAGAUCCAAAUUUUAGAAAGCUUUCAAUGGAUGAGAUUACGUCAGCUUACUGCAGGGCUAAAAGGAGGGCUAUAUUGUUGGAUUACGAUGGCACACUUAUGUCUCAAAAUUCAAUUAUUAAGACUCCAAGUGCUCAAGUUCUAUCUCUCAUAAACACACGGUCUGUUGAUCCCAAAACUCUAGUUUUUAUGGUCAGUGGAAAAGGAAAGGACAGCUUAAGCAAGUGGUUUCUUCCCUUCAAAUCUCUUGGACUUUCUGCUGAGCAUGGCUACUUCUUAAGGUGGCCACAAGUUGCAGAAUGGGAAACAUAUGGCCAAGGUUCUGAAUUUGGCUGGAUGCAUAUUGCAGAACCUGUUAUGAACUCAUAUACUGAGGCUAUUGAUCGUUCUGGAUCGACUCGUACGAGACAGGGGCAUGAAACUCUUUGCUUUGGUGCGAUGAAACGAGUUCGUAUAUUUGACCCGGGAGAUUUUGAGAGUACUUCCACCUUGGACGAGGCACAUAUGUUCUUAUUUUAUUACCCACCUUGA